GUUCUGACUCCUGUAUAAAAGUUUCAGUGUAUAGUGUCACAAUGUCGUGAUUGCAAGGCAAAGAAAAAAGCCGAUCUGAAGAUUGUCCUUUUUUUCUUCUUGCUAACCCUCUCAGAUACACAUCAGCGCCCGUUUGCAGAUCGGAAAUUAAAAAUCACUUAUUUGAAAGAACAGCGACACAGAUCAAAGCCAGAAGAAAUAAGCGGAUGGAGAAUGACAAUGAGGCAUUUUGCCGAGACCGAAAAGGGAGAUAUAUAAAUGAAGUGAUCUUUUCUUUCGCUUAUAAAGUGAGAAUUGCUGUAUGUGAAACAGUCGCUGUGGGCUUUCUUUUCCGUUCUGUCCUUCAUUAUUUGGGCUUGCUCCUCUGGGUUCAGUGAAUGUUUUUGUCACACUGCUUGAUAAUCUUUUUAUUUAAUUUGAUUUUUUUUAUAUAUUGUGUGGCUUGAGUAUAAUUCAUUGCUAUAGAAGAGGACUCCGGUCAAAGUAUUGUUAUUUUUGGUUGGGCACUUCGAGGUUAUAAGUAUAUAAGUCGACUCGUCAGAUCUAGCGGACACAUACUGGAAUACAGGGCAGCUGCAAUGUAUGGGUUUCUUUCGCGUGGCACCUAAAAAAUGACCAAAGACUGUAUUAACCUGAACAUUACCAAGCGAGUGCAGUGGGCGAUCAUCUGUGCUCCAGCCUCUUCUCUAUAAUACAUGCCCGUAUGGAAGAAGGGAGCACGUCAAACAGCACUGAGCGGGCUGCUGGGGUUUGAUGCUCGAUGUACAGACAACUGAACCAUUGCGUUUGAGUGGUUAUUGGGCCAGAAGAUAAAAACAAACUUGUAAGCAUUUGUAUAUUUAUUUAUACUUGAUAUAUUUUUUCUUAGAAUUAUUCUUUAAAAAAAAACCGUAAGUUCUACAAAAAAAACAACAACAAAACAAACAAACAAACAGAAAAAAAGAAAACACACACAUUUGAGAAAAUGAGCAGCUUCAUUAUGAAAACAGCUUGUUUUGUGGCUUGUAUUAUUUGUACCAUCGGCACACUGGCCCCCGGGACUGAAUCUCAAGCGCCGACCCAGGAUACGUGCACCUCCUGCGGCCUCGGGCAGCCGGAGGAGUCGGUGCGGAUGGACGUGGAGUUUCUGGAAGCGGUAAAGAGGCAUAUUCUGAACAGGUUACAUAUGCGGGACAGACCCAACAUCACCCACCCCAUCCCGAAGGCGGCGAUGGUGACUGCGCUAAGGAAGCUGCAUGCUGGAAAAGUUAGGGAGGACGGCAGAGUAGAAAUCCCAAACCUGGAUGGGCAAGCCACCUCGGAUCAUGAGGUCCUGGAGCAAACAUCGGAGAUCAUCAGCUUUGCAGAGUCAGAUGAGCUGGCAUCAUCCAAGACGAGCCUCUACUUUCUGGUCUCGAACGAAGGAAACCAAAAUCUCUUUGUUUCUCAAGCCAACUUGUGGCUGUACUUUAAAGUGUUUCCAUCCAACGGGGAGAAGGGCGUCCGGCGCAAGGUGACAGUGAAGGUCUACCUCCAGGAGGCCGGGGCGAGCAGCACUUGGAGCGCGGUGGAGAAGCGGGUGGAGCUCAAGAGAAGCGGCUGGCACACUUUCCCCCUGACACAGGCCAUCCAGGCUCUUCUGGAGAAAGGGGAGAGGAGGCAGAACUUGGAGGUGCGCUGUGAGGGCUGCCAGGACGUGGUGGUGACGCCUGUCCUCGUCAACCCCGACGACGAGGCCCACCGGCCCUUUCUAGUGGUGCAGGCUCGAGCGGCCAACAGCAAGCACCGCAUCCGCAAGCGAGGGCUGGAGUGCGACGGCAGGACCAGCCUCUGCUGCAGGCAGCAGUUCUACAUUGACUUUGGGCUGAUUGGAUGGAAUGACUGGAUCAUAGCGCCGAAAGGGUACUAUGGGAACUACUGCGAGGGGAGCUGCCCAGCCUACAUGGCUGGCGUGCCCGGGUCGGCCUCCUCCUUCCACACGGCUGUGGUGAACCAGUACAGAAUGCGAGGGCUGAGCCCGGGCUCCAUGAACUCCUGCUGUAUACCCACCAAGCUCAGCACCAUGUCCAUGCUGUACUUCGACGACGAGUAUAACAUUGUCAAGAGAGAUGUGCCCAACAUGAUCGUGGAAGAAUGUGGCUGCGCUUGAGUUUUCUAAGCAAGCAAGUCCCCUCAAUUUGAUCAUUAUUUUUUUAAGGGAUUAUUACUCUGCUCUGCGACAUCAAGCAACAGGAAAUAAUAAUAAUAAAAUAAUAAUAAAUAAUAUUUAUGAACAGUUUGAUACCUUUUGUGUACGGUUAGCCUUUUCUACAAAAUCAGAGACUGCUUCUGCAUUUUAAUCAUAAGUAAUUAAGAAGAAAAAAAAAACAGAUCCCAUCCUGGCCUGUGGAGCCCGUGACUGUCACCAGACACACAAUCUGACCACUUUACAGUGACCUUGAAAUGGAAUCUGAUGGGAAUGCGCACCAUCUACUAGAAAGAAGUUUAAAUUCAACAGCACUUCCAACAAGGAAAACAUCAGGAUGAUGGGACACACAUUCCACAAAAGAUCUUAUAGAACACUGUUUUCAUGUAUCAGUGGACACUUCUCUGGGGCCAGCUCCAAGUGGUCAGGUAUGGUGCAUUGUCUUGAAACAGUUACGGCCUGCUUGGUACCUGCCUUAAGUGCUAAGUGCUGAUGGAAGGAGAUUUCAGUUCCUAUAGACAUUCCAGCGAAGUAAAGCACUUUUCAGUUAUUGGUAGAGCAUGGACUCCUAACUGGUGUUCAAGAAACCCAUAUGGACUGGUAUAAUCAGGGUUUCAGCUGGACUGUAAGAGACAGCUUUACUCUUUACAGCAUCCCUAAAAAAAAACCAAUCAAAUGUAGUUAAACAGCCGAUGCAAAGAGUAACUGGGUUCUCUCGUAUGAAUCCAUGGAUUUCAAGAAUGGCCAUGCUGCUCAGCUGGUGAUGGUGCAGCACAGCACUUUCAAACUCCUGAAUGCACAUUUGAUAGCACUUGCAGAUCUAAAUGCCUUUACAAGGGUGCUUGCCAGUGCCCUUCCCCUUAUUCACACAACCCAGUUAAAGAACUGCCACAUGAGCUAUGCAAUGUAAACUAUUGACCGGUACCAGACCAGCGCAGCUCUUUGUAAGACUCUUUAUUUGAAUCUGCUUUGAUCAAUACUUGAAACGUAAUCGUUCGCAUCUUCUUCUUCUUCAACGAGCGAGUGAUUGUCACAAUGUUUGCACUGAAAAGUUGCGUAAUUAGUUAAAAAAAAAAACUGCCAUUGAAAGAAAAACAAAAUGUUAUUUUUAUAAAAACUGAAUUUGAAUUCUGUUAAAAAAUGUAUUAUACCUAAUAAUGGAACCAAAGAAGCCAAUUCUUUUUUAUAGUUGUUAUUAAGACGGCAAGGCUGUCGCACACUGUUUAAAAAUACUGUGGGAUCUCUUGUGAGGCCUAAACACUGUUUCAGGGUACAAUAGUAUGGAUUCCAUUGUUUUUGAAUUCAGCAUUUUCUAUUCUGUACAGUAGACAAAUGGAAUAUUUCAUAAUUUCUGAUACAUUUUAAUUCCAGUUUUCAUUUUAUUUUUAUUUAAUAAAAGCUCUUUUUAGAUCCUGUUGCAGAAU